CUCUACGACACUCCCAACAAUUUUAUUUUCCUCUGUUUCUUGUUUCGAAUACCAAGAACAUAAGAGGGCUGUAAUCGUUCUAAACAUUUAUAGAAAACAAGAAGGGAAUGGAAAAGCUACAGAGAUUGUUUCAUGGGUAUCGUUCAAUAGGGUUCAUGCUUGUAAUGGGAGUAAUCAUGGGAGUUGUUUACUUUUGUGGAGAUAAUAGUGGAAUAAGGUUUGAUGUUAUUGGAGAAGCGAAAAAUGGCGGAUGAUUAUUCGUUUGAAGGUUGUGAUUUGUUCAACGGGAGUUGGGUUUAUGAUAACAAAUCGAGACCAUUGUACAGAGAGAAAGAGUGUUCUUUCAUGGCGGAUGAUUAUGCUUGUCAGGAAUUUGGAAGAAAAGAUUCCGAGUAUCAGUUCUGGAGAUGGCAACCCCAUGGCUGUGACCUUCCCAGGUUUAAUGGAACAGCACUGUUGGAGAAGCUAAGGGACAAGAGGGCUGUUUUUGUUGGGGACUCAUUAGGAAAAAAUCAUUGGAUUUCGCUCCUUUGUCUUAUUGACUCAUGGAUCCCUGAACCUUCUCAUAAGGUUGCAGAAUGGCAUGGUUCAUUGAUUACUUUCAGAGCAUCUGAAUUCAAUGCGUCUAUUGAUUUUUAUUGGGAACCGUUGUUGGUGGAAUCAAACUGCGAUGAUCCUGUUCAUCAUCGUGUACAUGAUCGAAUCAUGAAGAUUGAGAGCAUCGAAAGGCAUGCCAAACAAUGGAUUGAUGCUGACAUGCUAAUUUUUGACUCGUAUACAUGGUGGCUAGAGCCUAAUAUGACACUCUUGUGGGGAUCAUUUGAAAAUCCUAAUAGAACUUCAAUAGAAUCCGGAAGGGUAAGGCGAUACGAGAUGGCUCUAAAAACAUGGUCGAAUUGGUUGGACACUCACCUUAACCGCACCAAGACAAAAAUGUUCUUCAUAAGCCUCUCACCCGAUCACAAAGAGGGUGGAGAUUGGGGAAAACCGAUGGGAGAAAAUUGCUUCAAUGAAACGGAGCCGAUAAUGGAACAAGGGUAUUGGGGAAAGGGAACGGAUACCGAUUUGAUGAGAACAGCGCAAUCAAUAGUACAAGAUCUUGAAAAGAAAGGGUUAGAGAUUGAACUUUUGAAUAUAACACAACUUUCACAGUAUCGGAAAGACGGACACCCGUCUAUUUACAAAAGGCAUUGGGUUCCUCCAACGGAAUCGGAAUUGGCGAAUCCGAUUCCGUAUUCAGAUUGUACACAUUGGUGUCUUCCGGGUGUACCUGAUGUUUGGAAUGAGAUCCUUUAUACUUACAUACGUUAUAAACUAUAAAAUUUGAUUGUUUGUUGAAAAGUAUACAUAUAGAAAGCCUAAAAUACAAUCCGUAUAUUGAGUUUCACAAAGAGAGAUUUUAUGUAAUAGAUUAAUGAAAACAUGGUAUGUACAAAAUUUUCGAAUGAAUCAAAAUGAAAGGUCCAGUUACCCCCCC